GCGGAUCGGCGACUGAUUGUGAUCAUCGGUCGACGAUCAUGAGCAGGCUUUCCUUCCGUCCUCGUCCGCUUGAUAUACAGAAGAAGCUGCCCAUCGUUCGAUCGAUCAAAGAACUCGACAAUGAGGAGGGUGGUGUGUCUCGCACUGUCCAACAUGCCCACGUGGCCCUCGAUGCUGACAACGAGGAGGUUCUUCCCACGUCUAACGCCAGAGGUGGCACCGAGAUCCCGACCCCUGCAUUCACGGUUGUUUCCUCUUAUGAACAAGAUUACACUCGCACUUUCAAGCAACCUCCCUCUUAUAUCCGUAGCAGGCCUGCCCGGUCUGAGGCCAGCAACUACGUCGAGUACGAUCUCGAUGAUGAAGACGAGGACUGGCUGGAGCAAUUCAACAACGAGAGAAAGUUGCUCACCCCUGAAACCUUUGAAUGGAUGCUGUACAAACUGGAGUUGGCUGCUCACAAGCACCAAGAGCGACUGCCCCCCUCCGCGGUCGGUGGCGGGGGGGGGAAUCUCCAUUCCUCAACCGACCACCUUGUCUCGCUCCCACGCCUCGUGGCGUACGAGGCCCUGAGGACGGGGUCCACGCGGCAGGCCGUGCUUGCGGCCGUCUUCGAGUACUGGAAGGCCAAGAGGGAGCGAUGGCGGAAACCCAUUCUGCGGAGGCUGCAGCCUCCUCCCCCGGUGACGGACACCAACCCAUUCAACGUGUUUCGACCGCGGGAGAAAGUGCAGCGGCCUCACACGAGGAGGAGGAGGGAGAACGACGUCGCUUCUUUUCAGAAGCUGCAGCAGGUCAGAGCCAAUAUUCAGCAGGCACUGAAUCUACUGCAGAUGCUGCAGAAGAGGGAGGUGAAGAAACAGGAACUGGUGGAGUGUGAGGUGGCCGUCCAACGGCUGAACGUCAAACAGAAGCACGAUCCUCGGGUUGGGGAUGAGGACGAAGCGGAGGGGGUGGGGACCGCUACGGUGGGGACGCAAUAUGGAGGGGCGACGGGUGGGAUGGUGAACUCGGUAGCAGGAACAGGCGGCGGGACGAUGAUGCCCCCCCCCCCUUCGAUCUCAAGAAAGAUCGUGGGCAGGGGUAGAGGGGUGGGUGAGGGUGCGGCUGUCCUUGCUGGAGCAGCAGCCGGAUUAGGUCCGGGGGGCAUGCCAGGCAUGACAGGGGGGUUCUGCGGCGGGAAUGUGGGGGUUUAUGCAGGAGGAUCUAGGUCUGCUCAUCCCGGGAUCGGGUUCCGUGCUUUGGAAGACCACUCGGGUGCGUCUCUAGGGGGUGCGGGAGGUGUUAUGACGGUCCGGGGUGACAAAGCUUCGCAGCAACAACAUCAUCAUCAUCAUCAACAGCAGCAACAGUGGGCCGGGUCUUGCUCUGAGUUGAUCGGCAGCCAUCAUCAUCAUCAUCACCUCCAUCAUCUUCACCAGCAGCAGCAUCAUUACAACCAUCAGCAACGCGUGGACGGCUCAGGGGUUAGUAGCUUAUUGAAGACUUCAUCAUCGUCACCAUCAGCAGCAGCCGCAGGAGCAGCACCUGGAGGAGCAAUAGGAGUAGGAGUAGGAUUGGGGGUUCAGGGUGACCAUGGCAAGAUUCGAAAGAGGAAGAGAAGGCGACCUCCCCACAGCCGACCGCAGGUAGGAGGGGAAGGGGGCGGUGGCGGGGAGUAUGCCAAGAAGUUGACGGCAAUGUCGACGCCGAUCGAUUCGCUUGAACCGGUCCUCCUCUUUUGUAAGCCUCUGGACACUGAGAAGCUGGCGUCUGCCGGCUUCUUACCGCAGCCCAAUGCUUCUCCGUCUUGGGCAGGACCGAUUCCUCCUGCGACACGCGGCACAUGGAGGAUGGGCCGAGGAGGAAGGAUCAUCUUCGAUCGGUGGUCGUUGGCAGCCCAGGCUCCUUUCGAAACAAGGGUGGGAGAGUUGCGCGCGGGUACCGUGGCAGGAUCUUGUCAAGCUGCCGUGAUCUCGACCGGGGGUGGCAGAGAAACGGUAGGAGCCGCAGGGGGGAUGGGGGGAAUGACGACGAUGCCUCCCACCACUUCUGGGGCCCCUCCGCUCCCUCCACCUGACGUCAACGUAAACAAAGUACCGACCACCCUCGUCCACUCCCAUCUUCCUCUAGCAUCCGUUUCGUCAACCCCGUAUUUGCGGGAGUCGAUGCAUCAGCAUCAGGAGCAGCAGCAGCAUCAGGUGCGGAGAGCAGUAGGCGGAGGGCAGCAAGGAGCUGCAGCAGCGUCGUCAGGGGCGGGCAGCAUGCCGCCCGGACAACCUCCUGUCUUGGGGAGCAGCGCCAAUGCCCCGUUUGGAGACGGGAGUUCUCCGGCAGCUAGGGUUUCUGGGUAUCGAUCGUCUUCGUCCCUUCAUACUGUAGGCAAGUUAUCGGGAUCGGGACCCGUGCAGCAGUCUGUAGCGAGAUUAGCCACAUUGCCAUAGGAAAAGAGCUUGCGAGCCACCGGGUGGUGGCAUUCUUUCAUGGAACGCGCCUCCAGCUUUCCUUUUUUCCUUCACCGUCUCCUCCUCCCCCUCCUUCCUCGUCCAGCACCUCCUUCCUCGUGCUUUCUCUUUCUGUGCGUUCUCGGCCAACCAUCCUACCUCCCUUCUGUCCGGCUGGAAUGUGUUCCCUGAAUCGGAUGAGUGGUGGCCGGGCGGAAUGUAGACCUGUGGUCCCUUCUGUCUCUUUUCCUGGUCUUGUUCUGCAAAUCCUCUUGUAGCCUACAGAGC